AAAUGUGGAGAAUAUCUGAUUCUAACGAAGAAAGCAUUAUUCUAGAAAAAAUAAAGAGAAGAAGGCAAUGUGAUAAUCAAAAUGAAGAAAAUGAUGAAAAUGAGGUAAGUGAAGACAGACUGAGUGACUUACCAGACAGCAUUCUGCUUCAUAUUUUAUCAUUUUUGAACACCAAACAUGUUGUUCGAACUUGCAUUUUGUCAACAAGAUGGAAACAUCUCUGGAAACGUACUCCAGCUGUUACGUUGUAUACUUCAAGAUUUUCCAUUUCUAAACAAUUUCCCAUCUUUGUGUCUAAGAUUUUGACUCUCCGUGAUACCUCAACUGCACUGCACGCUCUCGAUAUUGACUGUGGUGGUGUUAUUGAGCCUCCACUCCUUAAAAAGAUUUUAAACUAUAUUUGCUCUCAUAAUACCAAUCUCCAGGAAUUAGGAAUCUCUGUCACUGGUGAUACUGAUCUCGUCAUGAGUUGUGUUUUUUCAUGCCGAGCUCUUACAUCUCUUAAGCUUUCACUUUACCCUAGAGGUUGUUAUAAUUCUACACCAACAUUAUUUCCAAAAUCUUUGAAUAUGCCAGCAUUGACCAACUUGGAUCUAACAAAUUUCACCUUUUGCGGUGGUGAAAAUGGUUGUGCUCAGCCUUUUUUGGCCUUUAGCAGGUUGAAUAGUUUGGUCAUUCGUUCAUGUACUGUUAAGGAUGGACAGACCCUCAACAUAUCAAGUGAGACACUUGUCAAUUUAGCUAUGCAUAAUAAUUCACCUGAAUUUGACAAAAUUGAGUUAUCUGCUCCAAGUCUUUGUACUUUUACUUUUAUUGGUAGUCCUUAUCAGCAAAUAUGUGGGGACGGUCUUUCUUCUGUUAAACAAGUAAAUAUUGAUGCAAGACACUUUUUAACAUGGGAGAAGCUUCCUAUGGUUCUGUUGAGCUGGUUGCAAGACCUUGCAAAUGUAAAAUUAUUGACAGUCUCUUCAAUUACUCUCCAGAUUCUCUACUUAGUUCCUGAUUUAUUAGAGGUUAAGCUUCAUUCUUUGUGUAACUUGAAGUCAUUGGAAGUAGAAUUGACACCACUAAAUAGACGAUUGGAAUUACCCUUAAUUAAAAAUGUCAUGUUAAAGAAAGCUGCUGCCAAGUCACGUAAAGAAGUUGCCAAGUUACGAAAAGCAUUUAAAGCAGGUUUGAAACCACCUCCUAUACCAGAUGGAAUAGUUGGCUUCUUGCUUCAAAACUCGCCGUCCGCAAAAGUUGACUUCACAACAAAAUACCCGGGUACUUUUAAAAUAAAAGCAUAA